UUCGUUUUGUAAUUUUGCUGUGAAAGCAGUUUAUUGUGUGGUUUCACAUAUCUACAUUUAGGUUUACUUUCUAGAAUGCCUCCAGCUCUGUACACAUUUGGAUUUAUACUCGUGGUCCUUACAAGAAAAGUGGAGAGUGUUACCUUUGAACAGUCGUCUGCUCAAGUUGUGAACAAAGGGACUGAGGAGCUCAGGAUUAACUGCAGUCACGAUGACAGCAACUUACAAGUAAUGCUGUGGUACCAGCACAAGCAGAGUGAUCAGGCGAUGAGCCUCAUUGGGUACACAGUGCUUAUGGGUGAACCAAACUAUGAGAGCCAGUUCACAGACCGGUUUCAGAUAAAAAGAGACAACACAGUGAAAGGCUCUCUGAUCAUCAAAAACCUUAAUCUGUCAGACUCAGCUGUGUAUUUCUGUGCUGCCAGCACACAACAAAAAGUGUUUGCAAAGGAGUUUUUCAACUGUGGAAGUAGUCCUAAACCAAAACAUCAUAAGGGUCUGACUGUUCUUGUUCUUCAGUCUGAAGAUCAAAUGUCUGACCCAGGGAGAACAUUGAUGCUGGAGUGCAAAAUGGGUUCAGGGUUCAGCAUGGGCAGCUACACCAUGCUCUGGUACAGACAGAACCACCACGGGGCUCCAAUCGAGUUCCUUGUAAAAGAAUAUGAUAAACCUGUGGGACGCUUAGAGUCAUUUCUCGAUGCAUCCAAAAACAACUUCUCUCUACAAAUAACUGAGCUGCAUAUCAAUGACAGCAGCACCUAUUACUGUGCUGCCAAAGCUUACGAAGCUUACUUUGGAAAAGGAACAAAACUGACUGUAUUAGAAGAAAACAGUAAAAUCACUCCACCACAAGUAAAAAUACUGGAACCUUCAAAACAUGAGUGCAGAAACAGCAAAGACAAAAAAAGGAAGAAGACCCUCGUCUGUGUGGCCUCUGGUUUCUACCCUGACCAUGUCGAAGUGUAUUGGCAAAUGAAUGGGAAAAAUGUCACUGAUGGUGUGGCAACAGAUGAAGCUGCAGAGCGGAUUGAAACCCCCCCUGUAUCCUAUAGAAUCACAAGCAGGUUGAGAGUUUCUGCUAAAGAUUGGUACACGGAGGGAAAAAACUUUUCCUGCAUUGUCAGUUUCUACAAUGGAACGGGCACCACCAAACAUUUUGGUGAAAUAUCUGGUGUUGAAGAUAAAGAAGAUGGAGGCAUGGGAAGAGAGAAAUAUUUGAUGAUCACAAAUAAAGCCAAACUCUCCUACACCGUUUUUAUCUUCAAGAGCUGCCUCUAUGGAGCCUUUGUUGGAUUUUUGGUCUGGAGGCUGCAGAGUUCACCAGGAAAACGUAAAAAAUAAGAGCUGAGCUGUGGACUGACCAAAGAUUUGGGACUUGGA